CGGAACGAAACGAGACGAAACACGACGAGACUAGACGAUACGAGAGAGCGAGGACGCGAGGAAGUGAAGCGAAUGGCGAAUGGUGCUGCCAGUCGGGACGAAGCGGGGGAGGAAGCGAGGCGAACGUUCGCGCGAGACUUACUAUUCUGACUAUUAGAGUGGUGCAAUGGUAGCCGUUGGUGAUAUUACCCGCUGGUGUCAGUUGUGAAUUCCAACGGAGGGAUUAACCGAGAGUGAAGGGCGUGUUUGUAAAGAUGCAUCAGUGCCGGAGUUCUCGGACUCUUGGCACGCUCGGUCCGGCCUUGGUGACGCUGCCGAGAGCAACAAGCGCGAGAUCAGCGCGAGGGUACAAUCGGGCGGUUUAGCUAUCGAACGUCGAAAGAGAGAGAGAGGAAGAGAGAGCACUCAAUGUGAAAACGGGACGGAGAGACUGCUCCGGGAAAUGAAACGGACCGAUUCUCUUUGGAAAUUUCAUGAACUCUCCGUAGCUUUCCGGUUCCUUCUGUAGAUAAGCGCACUAAGUGUGUGUGUGUAUGUGCGUGCGUGUAUGUGGGUGAUUCCUCGAGCACGGUGAAAUGUUUUCAUCGCCGGCGUCAGUGGUGGGCGAGCCGCCAGGCUACGACUUUCAGAAAGAGGAGAACGCUGCCAAGUGGAAGGGAGUGUUUGUCAACUCCCUACGUAAGGUACUAGAGCAAGUACAUCCUAGUCUCGAAGCUCGACAAGAUGCGUUAGAUUAUGUGGAGAGUUUAAUUUUAAGAAUGCUAGGCAUGCUUUGUGGACAUCCACCUCCUCAAACCCCCCAAGAUGUAGAGGAAAGAGUAAGACGAACAUUUCCUACUCCCAUUGACAGAUGGGCGCUGCGUGAUGCAAGGGAUGCAUUAGAGAAAGGAAAAAAAAAGUCGCCGUUAGUGCUACCCGUCGACAAGAUUCAUCAAUUACUACAAAAAGAAGUAUUACAGCACAAAAUUGAUUCACAAGUUAGUCUAUUUGUAGUUGGGGUUUUGGAAUAUAUUUCCGCUGAUAUUCUGAAGUUAGCUGGGAAUUAUGUGAAGAAUAUUCGCCAUGUAGAGAUUUCGUGCGAAGAUAUACGAGUUGCAAUGUACGCAGAUAUGGUACUGAUGGAUAUGUUUUAUCAAGACGAUUGCACGGAAGGUCCGCAAAGUAGUUUGAGUGCAGUUGUUUCCCAGACAUAUGAAGAAUCUGUGCGAGAUCUCAUUCAUGAUGAACGGCAUUACAUUCGUGACCUGCAUAUGAUUAUCAAGGUAUUUCGCGAAGAAAUUGCGAAGCUGGCGCAAGAUAAGAGUGAACUCGAAACACUCUUCAGUAAUAUUACAGAUAUUUAUGAGAUUACUGUGACAUUACUCGGCAGUUUAGAAGACAUAAUGGAAAUUGCAGAGGAGAAGCAAACACCUACAGUUGGUUCAUGCUUUGAAGAAUUAGCAGAGGCGGCAGAAUUCGAUGUUUAUAUAAAAUAUGCGAGAGACAUUAAUAGCCCAGCUAGUCGGGAAGUUUUAACGAAUUUAUUGUCAAGACCGGAAGCUAAUGCGGCUUUGCGGGCGGCAGGUCAUGGUUUUAGGGAAGCUGUUAAAUAUUAUUUGCCAAAACUUUUAUUGCAACCUAUAUGGCAUUGCUUCCUGUAUUUCGAUUAUAUAAAGGUUUUACACAAACGCACACCUAGCAUAGAGGAUGGCGAAACCUUGGAACAAGUGCAAGGUUUAUUAAGACCGCUACAAAUGGAAUUGAUGCAAUCUGUGGCGAGUCUUCCGAAAAAGGAUACAGGCUUGCCAAUGCAGAGCAGAGCGAGGAGACAAGCGGCAUUAGAAAAGAUUAGCGAAUUACAAAAGAGUGUAGACGGCUGGGAUCAAAGAGAUAUCGGGCAGUGUUGCAAUGAGUUUAUUAGAGAGGAUACUUUGGGGAAAGUAGCUAGUAAUGGACGAAGAUUAACCGAAAGAAAAGCCUUAUUAUUCGAUGGGUUGCUAGUAUUGUGUAAACCAAGCAGUAGUAAAAGAGUUAGUGUUACCGUUGCAGCGGGUAUUGUGGCUGUUGGAGUAGGCGGACAUCCGACUCAUCAAGGUGAACUCCGAUUGAAAGAGAGAUUUUUCAUUAGGAAAGUCGAUAUUAUUGAUAGAGAAGAUACCGAAGAGUUGAAAAAUGCUUUUGAAAUUGCACCAAGAGACCAUCCUAACGUUAUUCUUGUUGCUAAAUCUGUCGAGGACAAGAAUAAUUGGAUGGCAGAUUUAGUGAUGUUGAAUACAAAAAGUAUGUUAGAAAGGACUUUGGAUAGUAUUCUUUUGGAUGAAGAAAGGAAGCAUCCUUUAAGACUACCUCCAACUCACUUGUAUAAAUUUGCCGAACAAGAUAGCAAGGAGAACAUUGUUCUAGAGGCCAGAGAAAAUGGCGGUGUUCCAUUGAUUAAGGGUGCAACUUUGAUAAAAUUAGUAGAGAGAUUGACUUAUCAUAUAUAUGCUGAUCCAGCUUUUGUAAGAACAUUUCUUACUACUUAUAGGAGUUUUUGCUCACCUCAAGAAUUAUUGACAUUGUUGAUAGAAAGGUUUGAUAUACCGGAUCCUUCGCUAGUUUAUGGUGAAGAAGAAAAACCCUCUGUAUGUAAAACAACGGCGAGAGAAGAUUGGAAAAGAUAUAGAAAAGAAUUCUGUCAACCGGUGCAGUUUAGAGUUUUGAAUGUUUUAAGACAUUGGGUGGAUCAUCAUUUUUACGAUUUCGAACGUGACAAGAAUCUUUUGGAAAGAUUGCAAUCGUUUUUAGAUACAGUUAGUGGCAAGUCUAUGCGGAAAUGGGUUGAUUCAGUACUAAAAAUUGUGCAAAGAAAAUGUGAACCUUCGGAACAACGACCUAUCACAUUUAGUUUUGAGCGAUCUCCUCCACCGAUUGAAACGCAUCUUAAAAUUCCAGAAAAUAAUGAAGAAUAUGGAAUACUUACGAUACAUCCUAUCGAAUUAGCGAGACAAUUAACACUAUUAGAGUUUGAACUGUACAGAGUAGUAAAGCCCUCUGAGUUAGUUGGAUCUGUAUGGACAAAGAAAGACAAGGAGAAGACGUCACCGAAUUUAAUGAAAAUGAUUAAACAUACGACAAAUUUUACAAGAUGGCUGGAAAAAAUAAUAGUGGAGGCUCAAAAUUUUGAAGAGAGGGUAGCCAUUGUAUCACGCGCAAUUGAAAUAAUGAUGGUGCUGCAGGAUCUCAACAAUUUUAAUGGUGUUUUGGCGAUUGUCAGCGCUAUGGGAUCGGCUUCAGUUUUUAGGCUAAAAUUUACGUUUCAACCAUUACCAGCAAGAUUAGAAAAGGCUUUGGAAGAAGCGCGAGAACUUAAUAACGAUCACUUCCGGAAGUAUCAAGAAAAAUUACGAUCUAUCAAUCCACCUUGUGUACCAUUCUUAGGUAUGUACUUGACUAAUAUUCUGCAUAUUGAAGAGGGAAACCCAGACUACUUACCGGGAAGCCCGGAGCUUAUUAAUUUUAGUAAACGGCGAAAAGUGGCGGAAAUAACUGGUGAAAUACAGCAGUACCAAAAUCAACCCUAUUGUCUUUCAGUGGAGUCUAAAAUAAGACAAUAUAUUGAAAAUAUGUGUCCCUUUGAUCCUAAUAUGUCAGAUGCAAAUAUAGGCACUUAUCUGUAUAAUAGAAGUUUAGAGAUAGAGCCAAGGAAAUGUAAAGCACCUACACGAUUCCCACGUAAAUGGCCCGAGAUAAACUUGAAAUCGCCGGGAAUUAAGGCUAGUAGAAGUUUGAAAUUGCCAGCCCCGUUACAAACGGUAACAUCUAGCGUUAGAUCGCAUGAUCCACCGCCGGAAACACUUCCGCCUCCUGAAUUACCGGAAACACCACCACAUGCAUCACAGGUCACAGUUCCGCACACAGGGGACCACAGUGUUUUUGCACCUGUCUUAUUAGCACCUUCUGUACCUCCAGGAUCACCUAGUCCGCCUAGCAUGUCGGUGCUAUCGAUCGCUUCGUCAAGUAGUAGCCCUCAACAGGGAUCUCCUGGACAUUUCCCUACUACGCAACAUCAAAUUACUCACUUUGCCUUUAAUUCCGGCACCAUAAGCAUGGUGAGUGCUUUACCGAGUUUGUCGUCAAGUGGAAGCCCUAGUGGAAUACCAACGCCGCCAUCUCCCGGUAACAUAUUUCCUAAUCAACUUCCACCACCUCUACCGCCAAGAACCAGUAGAAGACGAGAAAGUUCAUUUAGCGAAUCAUCGCAACAAACAAGACAAGCGCCAAACGCACCAAUUCUUCCACCGAGAGAUGAUAUAUCCCCGCCGCCGUUACCACCGCGAAUACCGCCCGUAACGCUACCGCCGCGACUUCCACCGACGCUAAACGCUAGCAAUUCGGCUUUAUUAGCGCGCCGAAAUUCCACAUUAGAGAGCACAUGCUCUACCGUCGCUCAUCCACGGAGACAUAUGUCUUUCAAUGGUCCUAGCCCCACGAAACUUACACCGACGCAGCCUAACGGAUCAGUAACACCGAGGUUACCACCAAAACCGAGUUUACCAGAACGUCCACCAUCUACCAUGUUUAAUUUCAACGCUCCUCCCGGACCUAGUUAAGUGUUACUCCGUCUCUUUCUUUCUGUCUCUCUUCCUACAAUUUUCUUUUUUUAUCUUGUUGGAAAAGAAUAUUUUCAAUCGAGGUUUAAUCCAUUCAGUAAGCUAAAUAAAACUGAAAUCUCUCUUUUUUUUUUUGCCGUAUAAAUUCAAGAAGAGAAGCUCCAAUAAUACAGAUUGAUUGGCUAGAUAGAAUAUAUUUAUCUUUGACUAUAGAAGUAUGUAUUAUCAGUACUUUUUCCAUUCACGAUAUUAUUGUGAGGUGAAUCAUCUUUUAUAUUUUUCGAUAUUUUCGGCUCCAUCGAUCAAAGAUCGACAAAUUUAAAUAUUUUAAGCUAUGUUUUGUUAUAAAAUAAAUUUAUAUUCUGUGUAUCAUACAUGGUAAAUAAUUUUUUUUCCAUUCUGUUCAUCUUAAUCAGUGUGUUCGAAUAUGUUUAAAAUAUCCGAACAGUGACAUCAUAUCAAUUCUUGUAUUGCUCAUUUGGUCGAUGGUGGCAUGACAUCUUUGUUGCAACCAGUGUAAACUCAAAUUUUAUGAAUGUCAGAAAUUUGUUUCCAUCCCCUUAACUAUAUCUUAUAUAAAUUUUUCUACUUACCUAGUUAUCGGCUAUGUUAGAUAAUUCUGCUAAAAACAAUUAUACUGUGGCCGAUGUGAUUGAGCACGGCUGAUUGUCUAUAACUUAUAAGUAUUAUUUGCAAGAUUGAAAUAUGACUACAAUUCCACAAAUUAGAUAGGCAAGAUUCUCCUAUUUUAAAUUAUUUAUCUAUAUUCCUAUUUUAUAAUUUUCUGACAAUAAUGUUGCUAUCAUCAUAUACAUAUAAUGACAUUGUUGUAUAAAAGUUAUGGUAUAUAGAUAUAUAUAUAUAUAAUAGUAGUUUUAUUUUACAUGAUAUUAAAUAUAUAUACGACGCAAAACGGUGUUAUUCGGGAGAAAUAAAAAUAUAACAUGGAUAUAAUAACAUAAUAAUUAAACGAAAACAAAGCACGACGAUAGUACAAAGAACAUAUAGUGAAUUUAAAUGAAAACAAUUUAUUUGUCAAGAAUUUCUUAUUUUUUGCUGUGUAAUUUUAUUUGUAUCACAUAAAAUUUUAUUUUUAUUUCCAACUAAAUAUUGGAUUUAGAGGACAAUAUUGCCUAUCUAUUAUGCAGAACUAUCACACUUUAGAUUCAUAAAUAACACAUUCUCAGCCAUAUUAAUUAUAUGAUAUUAAUUAUAAUGAGAAUAUUCAGUCAGUUCAUACUUCUACAGUUAAAGGUAUUUAUGAAUUUAUAGCAGUACUUCUUAAUACAGUAGAACUCCGAUAACUUUGGGGAUAUAGACCGGUAUUCAUAGUCCGUUUUUAUAUUUAAGAUCGUUUUAAGUGUGUUCUUGGGUUGUUUUAAGAUCCCAUUCAACCAAAAAAAA